AUGAGUGAUCCGCACUCCAAUUUUUUCACAGGUUGGUUCAAGCCCAACCAUUUUCCCCAUUACCCUAAUUCCCCCUCCUCACCUUAUCCCUCACCCUCCUUCUUCUUCCCUCGCGGCGGCGGAGGACUCCUCCACCAUCGCCGCCCGCCGUCACCUCCACCGUCGCCUCCUAUCCGUGAAGCCCUUCCGCUCCUCAGCCUCAGCCCCGCCAACAAACAACAGGACCAUCAUCAUGACCAAGAACCUUCCACUUCCAUGGAUGUGGACUGCGACAAAUUAUCACCCGAUCAUCAUCAUCAUCAUCAAUACCCUAACGAUGAUCUUGAUCAUGAUCAUCGUAAUACUAGUAAUCUCAACGAUGGCGAUCUAACCGUGGCUCUUCACAUAGGGCUUCCGAACCCUAGCGCCGAAGAGAUGGCCUCUGUGCUGACGAGGUCUUCGUCUUCGGAGAACAUCAACGACAGGAAGGAUCUGGAGCAUGAUCAUCAUCACGGCGGCGAUGAGGAUGACGACGAGUCCGGCGGAGGCAGCAGAAUAAGCAGACUGAACAAGGGUCAGUAUUGGAUCCCGACACCUUCCCAGAUUCUGAUCGGCCCUACUCAGUUCUCUUGUCCUCUUUGCUUCAAGACAUUCAACAGAUACAACAACAUGCAGAUGCAUAUGUGGGGACAUGGAUCACAGUACAGGAAAGGGCCUGAAUCUCUGAGAGGAACACAACCGACGGGGAUGCUGAGGCUGCCGUGUUACUGCUGCUCCCCGGGCUGUCGGAACAACAUCGACCAUCCGAGAGCAAAGCCUCUCAAGGACUUCAGAACUCUUCAGACGCAUUACAAGAGGAAACAUGGCAUCAAGCCCUUCAUGUGUCGGAAAUGUGGCAAGGCAUUUGCUGUGAGAGGAGACUGGCGGACGCAUGAGAAGAAUUGCGGUAAGCUUUGGUUUUGCGUCUGCGGGUCGGAUUUCAAGCACAAGAGAUCGCUCAAAGACCACAUCAAGGCCUUUGGAGAUGGCCAUGGAGCUUACGGCGUUGAUGGGUUUGAUGAAGAAGAUGAUCCUGCUUCUGAGGUUGAGCAAUUAGAUAACGGUCAUGAGUCUAUGCGGUCCAAGUAGCUUAAUUAUGAACUUUUUGUUACGAAAAAAAAUAGCUCAAUUAUGUAGUUAAUUAAUGUAUAUGCAAAAAAAAACCCUUUUUUAAAAGUGGGAACUUUUGUUGUAGGCAAGGGUUUUUUUCCCAGUAAUUAAAAACUUUAUAUAUAAAAAAUAAUCAAUCG